AUGCUUAUUGUAUUUCGAGAAUCAUUGGCUCAAUUUCAGAACAUGAUUAUGUUAAUUUUCAUAUUGGUCUGGGGUCUCCUGAGUGGACUCGCUGCUUCAGCUGGCGACAUCAAUGCAAAUUUCUUUUACCUCACUCUGGAUCCAAAUGCAACAAUCGCAAGUUUUGAAAGUGUUCAAGUGGUUCCUCACUCUUCCAAUGCGUCAGUCAUUCCAGGCAACGUUCAAGCUAUAUGGCCUGCACUUCAGAACAAUCAAGGCAUUAUGCAAACUGUGGUCGCAAACCAAGGAAGUAUCGGAGAGUGGUUUUAUAUUGGAUUAGAAUUUUGUUGCACACCUCAAGACUGGCAAGCCGAUAAAGCUCAGCAGGUAUAUCCAGGAGAUCACAUCACCACAAAGUACCAAUUGAUGAGUGCAAAUAAUGGAGUAUAUAAUGUUACAUGGAAAGUUGAGAGGGGUUACUCCGGCAUUCAAGCUGGCGAGACGUCCUUCACUGCAGAAUCCCUUUUCGAUCCUCAAGACCAUCCAACCCCUGGCGGCCAAGGCCCGUUUAACAAGGCACUUUUCGCAAUCGAAACACAAGGAGGAAGUAAGUGGGACUUUGGGCCAGUUCAAUGGGAACAAAUCACUAUAAAAGCCGACACUACUAGAAGUGAUUGGUGUUUUAAACCUGUCAACAACACAGACUUCCAACAUUACCUCUCUACUCCUACGGUCUUCGCCUCUGACAAUCAAGUGAUUUGUGAAUAUUCUUCGCUGAUCUUUGGGGAUAUAAAACCACCUACAGCUCUCUCACCUCUCGUAACCUCGCACACUGAGCCUGGACCCACCACACAAGAUCUAAUUUUCUCGCCUACCACAAGCCCCACCGCUACAGUCCUCCUAUACCAUCAAGAGCCACCUCUUCCAACCCCAAGUCUCGCUGAACCAGGUAAUGCUCCCACCUCGACGCUCUCGAAUGGCCUUCCAAACCCCUCCUACUCUGCGCUAUCAGCUUCCUGGGAAUCCGCCAGUACCCACUACAAUUCCUACCAUUCUAUCCAGAUGUCCAAAUACACCAUGGCAUUAGAAGCCAAUCUGCAGAGCGUCUUCGGAACAACCACGAUUACGACUGUAGAUGGAGAUAGUGCAUUGACUACCAUCACAACCGACAACUACAAAGCAUGGGCUACCGCUUACGCGGCAGCAAAUGGGAACGGAACGGGCAAUUCUACAAGUGCGAAUGGUAACAAAUAUCCUGUUCAGCUUAUUCCAAUGUCAGUUCCGUGGUUGAUGGCUAUGCUUGUGGUGAUGAGCUCGGUGUUUGUGGGUGCUGUUGCUUUUUGUAUUUACAGACCUAGACAGAGGGAGAUUUCUUGA